CGGAAGUAAACAAACAUCUGCCUCAUUUUUCUGGUUUUUCACCGAUUAUUUUCUUUAUAUAGCAACACCGCCUUCUUUAGUUAUUGUUAAUUUGUGUUUUAUGUUCUUGUUAAUUCAAACUCACAUUUUUUUCUGUUUCUUUGAUUAUUUUUAGAUCUAUACACCGCUCGGGUUGCAUCCAGAAAACAAAAGUGGGCGGGGUUCUUGGAAACAUGUCUGAACAAGUUGUUAAUUUCGAUAAUCUACCAUAUAUAAAGCAGCGGACAUGACAUGAAUUCAGACAGACCAAGUCUUUGAUCUACCCCGAACAGUGUGGCCAAUUUACUGUAACACAAACUUGCGAUGUCUGCAGAUUCUACAAAAAAGCCCAAAUGCAAAUACUGGGACAAGUGUUUUCGCAAUAACCCCGCCCACAGAAAACAGUUUCUUCACCCGGAAGAUGACACGGUUAAGGCUAAGGCCAGUAGCGAUGAGGAGGAGGAGGAGGAGGAGUAUGUCAAACCGACAGUGAUGAUGGGAGAAUCGAGAGGGAAACUGUCAAAACAGGCCAGUGAUGAAGCCAUGGACACUAGCAGUCCGACAAAAGCUGCGAAGAAAAACGCUGCCAAGAGAAUGGCCCACGCAAUGAGUCAGAGUGAUGAUGAGGAUGAAACCGACUCCUCACCAACCAAGAAGAUUAAACCUGACCCGAAAGCUACUUCCACACCAGAGAAGAAACCUGCUAAAAACGAUACGGAUAAAACGACAGACAAAUCGACAGAUGAUUCUAAAGGUGAAGGUAGCCGACCGAGGCGGAUUAAAUGCAAGUACUGGGACAAGUGUUUCCGUAAAGAAAAACAGCACAUCAAAGAAUUCUGUCACCCCGAUGAUUCGGACGCAGAUGAAGCUGAAGAUGCGGACUCACUGAAAACGAGGUCUCAGAGUAAGAAGCCGCUGAAUGAGAUGAAACCGGGAGACACAGUGAAGUUCGACGGGGGAGUAACCAUCAAGAGAGAAGACGACAGUUAUACUUGCUCGUGUAAAGGCUGGCAUGCACAGAGAAACCCGUACAACAAACGGACAUGUAAACACCUCAAGGAUUAUCUCGGGUCCGAGUUUGAGCGGUAUCGGUGCGAACUCGACGAACCGAAACCCAACAGGUCUUUCAAAUCUCACAUCGCUGUCAGCUUACUGCUGGCUCACAAGUACGACGAGAAAGCUAAUGACCCAACAGGCUGGUGGAUUAGUGAAAAGUUGGAUGGAGUGCGAGCGUUUUGGAAUGGAAGAUGUUUCUACUCUCGGCUUGGCAAUGCUUUCAUCGCGCCCGAAUGGUUUACGAAAGACCUCCCAACAGAUAUGCACCUCGAUGGAGAACUCUUUGGUGGAAGAGGACAGUUUCAGUCAACUGUGAGCAUCGUGAAGACACCAGAGGAUGAACGAUGGAAGAAAAUUAAAUACGAGGUCUUCGACAGCCCAAGUCUGGAAAAAGAACCAUUUGAAAAGCGAUACGAACAACUGAAGGAUUAUUCCGAUAAACACAAGCCAAAGUUUGCACAUCUGUGUGAGCAAACCAAGUGCACCGGGAAAGCUCAACUUGAUGCCGAGCUGAAGAAAAUGAUCAAGCUUGGCGGAGAGGGCUUGAUGAUCCGUCAACCCAAGUCGAAGUAUGAGAGAACCAGAUCUCGCACACUGCUCAAGAUAAAGAAGUUUUAUGAUGCUGAGGCCAGGGUCAUAGGUCAUGAGAAAGGCAAGGGUAAAAACCAGUUCUGUACAGGGGCUCUCAGGUGCAAGAUGGCAAAUGGAAUGGAGUUUAAAGUCGGUUCAGGACUGACUGAUGCCAACAGACGGAAACCCCCGAAGAUCGGAUCAAUCAUAACCUACAAAUUUCAAGAGUAUACCAAUGGAGGGCAUCCUAGAUUUCCAACAUUUCUUGGUAUCAGAAUAGAUAUGGAUGAACCAAAAGAUGCAGAUGUACCGAAAAAACCAUCCGACGACUAGAUUUAUAUAGUCUAAAUUGUGAGACCACCAUCAGGAACAUUUUCAGACUACAACAUUCCAAACAUGGGUGUAGCAUGGUUAUUUCAGGGAGGUGUAGAGAGAGGACAAACGUUCAUAAUGAAGCAUUUCAGUGGAUGAAGUUUCACUAUGCAAAUUUACUUAAUAUUUUCUGUACAAAUUAUCCAAAAAUAUGCACAAUUGUCAGUAUGUUUUGGCAGCUAAUAGGCGAGGGCUGUUAUGCACCUUAAAAACCAAAAACCUUACCUCAUCUCAUCUCAUAUGUUUUCAUUUUAAGGAUACUGCUUUUUAAUAAUUAUUUAUUAUUAUUAUUAUUUAUUAAUCAAGAAUCACCAUAUUUAAACAUUUAGAGUCGAAUUUACGAAGCCUGUUUUUCUAAAAUAGACUGUGUAAAUUCAGCCAUUAAUGUUCGUUUUGUUUUUUCUGCUGCUGUUGUGUUUUUUGUUGGGGCGGAUGGGGGUAAUAUAUAUUUUUUUUUUUAAAGAGUUUUUUUUUGAUAUAUUAGGGUUUUCGGAUAGGGUGAGCUCUAGUCCAGCUGUAGAAAUGUGUUUUCUGUAACCUAACCUACUAAAACGAUUGUCAUAACUCAUGUAUUUCCUGUUCAUACUUCUUUUUUCUUUUUCUUUUAAAUAAAUUGAAUUAAAGUGUAAAUGCCUAGUAACCAAUUUAUGCUUUAUGUGCAAUUUAAGUUACAGAAAACAAAUAUUUGACUAAAACCAACUGUCAUAACAGUGAUAUAGUGAAGAUAAAUAUAACGUUUGUUUUUGUUAUAGUAUUUAUUCAUUCAUAGUGCUGAAAGUUUUAUUGUUAUA